GGACCAGGCUUGGACACCUCUCCUUCUUCUUCUUUUUUUUUUUUUGCUUUUUGUCGUACAGUCCAACCAGCUCCAGUCUGCAGAAGAAGUCGGAGGAGAUCCACGCUGUCACCAUGAAGUCCAUCAGGGUUUUCAUCCUGCUGCUGCUGCUGCUGCAGGGAUCAGCCGAACCAGUUUCAUCAUCUGAGGCAUCUACAAAAUCUCCAGUGAACACGACUACUGGACAAAUAACAAAAAGUCCACCAACAACCUCAUCUUUAACAGCUACCAUCGCAUCAGCUCUGUCGACAGCCACACCUGUUCCCAGUGACUCCACCACUAAACAAAUUAAUCUUACAUCUUCAACGAGUGCGAUGACUGCUCCACCACCCAGCCAGAACACGACAAACAACAAUCAAACCACCAACCAAACUUUGACAGCUCCGAGUUUUAAACCCAGAUCCCCGCCUAAAACAAACGACACAAAAGCGACUGAAGAUUCAACUGUCUCCUCUGAUGCCACAGCAGCAAAUGACAUGAUCCAGAAAACGGAACAGGAAUCCAGUGAAAGGCAAGAAAAGGAAGCAGCUGAGCAGAAAGCUGCAGGUUCAGACAAACGGCUGUGGUGGCUUCUUCUGCCCGCUGCCCUGGUUGUAGGUGUCGCCGCUCUUUUCUUGAAAUUCAAAAGUAAGAAGGUCCACGAUCACACAGAAACGAUCGACACCGGAACUGAGAAUGCAUCGUUCCAGAGCAGGCCAGAGAGCAGCAAAGAUGGAGUCAUGCUCCUGGGAGUGAAGUCAUCGGGCGGCGAAGAAAAUGCAGCUGCCAGAUAAGGAGAGGAAAGUCUACGUCUGCACCUCCAACGUACUGCUGAUCUGAAGCCAACGACUGAUUUUGGUUUUUAAUUUCUGGAAAUACUUUUGCAAAGUAGGGAAAUCUCUGAAAAGUGUAAUUUCACACAAAGAAAGAGCAAAGUUGUGCUUUACAACAAGGACUAUGAGGUUCUGCGCAUGUUUUGGUGGAUUUUCCCCAUGAGAAACCAGCAAUAAAAUUAAUUUUGGUUACGUUCACAUUGCAGCCCCAAGUGACCCAAUCCCGACUUUUGUCUUAUCGGAUUUAAAAAAAAAAAUUUUGGCGUGGUUGUUCACUUUCAAAUAUAUGCGACCUGUAUGUGUUCUCCAGUGUGAACCGUAAACGACAGUGUCCCGCAUGCGCAGUAGAGGGCGUAAUAACGUCACACAGAGAGCGUGUUCAGAGUUUUGCCAACCGCCAUAAAAAAAACGUCGUGCUCAGCAUUUGCGGAAGUAAACAUGGAUGCUAACGGUGAAGCACAGCUUUCGAUUCUGAAGUUAUCCGACCGGAGCUACUUAAUCCUCAUUAUUGUCCGCCAUGGACGCCAUGUUGUUUUUCUUUCCGCUUGCGCGUAUCAGGACGCAGAAUAGUGACGUUUGUCGAGUAUCAGUGACGUUCAGGCUCCGGCUGUUAGGAUUCAGGUCACAUCUGAAAAGAUCGGUAGAUGUCCAAGUGGUCUGGGUCGCAUUCGAAAAUAAUCCGAUCUGUGUUGUUCAGACUGUCAUAAAAAUAUAAUGUACAGGUCGCAUUAAGGCCAAAAAUAAUAAUAAUAAUAAUAAUAAAAUUGAACUUGGGUCACUUCGGACUGCAGUGUGGACGCAGCCUUAAUUGUCUACAAUGGAUGAGUAUACGUUUAAAAGUUGUUUUGUUUUCUUGUGAAAUGUAAUAUAAGCUUAAAAUUUAUAUCCUAAAUAAACUAGGAUUUGUCCAAGAUUUUUUUAAAUACCCCUUCACCCAAACAUAUUCAAUUUUAAGCAUGUACUGUUAUUUCCUAUAUUGUUUUACCCGGAUUUGUUCAUUUUUAAACGGCUGUUAACGUUCACACAACAAACAGCGCCUCCUACAGGUCACGGUGUAUCUGAAUAUGAUGCCUGCUAAGGAUGAGGAUAAACAGACACGAUUUUAUUUGUUUUAAACAAAAUUAUAAAAGAAUAAAAGCUUGUGAUUCAUCCCAAUGUGUUGUAUUUAAAGACAAACACUAAAUAACCCAUGCUUGCUUUGUGUUGUUUUUGUUUACUGGUUUCUGGUUUCCACCAUGAUCUCCACAAAAAGCAAAGCUUACAUUAGGAAAUGAUGGUUUAUAAUCUUUACAUUUAAAAUGACUGUUAUUGCUGUAAAGCUGACUUCUGUCUGCUGUGAAGUUCAGUCCACAAACACAUUUUCUCUACAGUGCACUUACCUCAGAAUCCUCACCUGUUUAAACAAAUAAAUCACUUUUUUGUUCAGCCUUUUAUGUUUUUGCUCUUGAUUUAUCUCUGCUGGGAUUUUUUGUUAUUAUUCUAGGUGUGUUUUAUUUUGGUGUAAUUGUACUUUCCUCAGUUUUGAUAGAGAAAUGUUGCUGAAUUUUUCUUCAAGAAUCGGCAUGAAAUAAUUAUUAUUGUAUUUACUUUAAAACUGCUGGAACUGCUUUGUGCUUUAUGUCAUGAACUCUCAGCCACAGUUUCGUCAAUAAAAGUUUGGAUAAUGGUU